GUGAUACUAACUUCAGGAACCAAUUCGUACAUUAAAACCUUUCAGGACAGUCCGUAAUUUCUGUCAAGUCCCAUCACAAUACCAAUGGCUUGAACAUCCACCAUGCCUCGUUCCUCAUCUUCAUCUCUCUCCUCCAUGUCCGCUGAUGCCCCUGAGCCCGAGUCCAUAACCUCCGUCGCGUCUGAAGAAAUCGAGACGAAACACUCGUCGCAGAGCCGGAAGCGCAAGGUUGGAGCAGAACCUCCAUCUCGAAGCUCCAAACGCACGAAAGCUGCGGCCGUAGUGGAUAUAGAUGUCAAGAAGACGAGUGUUGUUCCCGAAAAAUCCACUAGAACUCUACAUCGCUCCAGAACAAGCAUCAAGCAAGAGACUCCGGUAGUAGCGGAAGCCGAUAUAACUAAGGAAGCGAAUGUGAAGAAGCGGUCAUCAAGGGCGAAGAAGACACCCGUUGUUCAAGAUCAGGAAGCGAUCGUCGACGAGGAAGUACAACCCAUCACGAAGCCCAAGCGGAAGACCAAGAAGCAAAAGGAAGAAGAAAUGCCCCCCCUCGCCGCCCGAACCAUCGGCAGUCAACUUCUUAUAGGUGCCCAUGUGAGCGGUGCCGGCGGCGUCCACAACUCCAUCCCCAACGCCCUUCACGUCGGCGCCAACAGCUUCGCCCUCUUCCUCAAAUCCCAACGCAAAUGGGCGAACCCGCCCCUCGAUCCUACCAUCCCACCCCUCUUCACCUCCGCAUGCUCACACCAUAAAUACGACGCGGGGGUGCACAUCGUCCCGCACGGCUCGUAUCUCGUUAAUCUCGCGCACCCGGACCCCGCUCGGACGAAGCAGGCGUAUGAGAGCUUCGUAGAUGAUCUGUCGCGGUGCGAGAAGCUAGGGAUUCGGCUGUAUAACUUCCAUCCGGGAAACAGUGCCGGCGCACCGGAUCGGGCGAGCGCGAUUCGCCAUCUGGCGGCGCAGAUGAACAGGGCGCAUCAGGACCCGGCCACAGGGGACGUCAUUACGCUACUGGAGACGAUGGCGGGCGGGAAGAAUACCCUCGGGAGCACGUUCGAGGAUCUACGCGAUAUUAUCGCGCUGAUUGAGAAGAAGGAGAGAGUGGGGGUGUGUUUGGAUACCUGCCACAUCUUCGCCGCAGGCUACGAUGUCCGCACGCCAGAUGCGUAUCAAUCGACGAUGAAGCGGUUCGAUACGAUUGUUGGGAAGGAGUACCUGAAGGCCGCGCAUAUCAACGACUCGAAGGCGCCGCUGGGGAGCGCGCGGGAUUUGCACGCGAAUAUCGGGACAGGGUUUCUGGGGCUGCGGGCGUUUUGGAACUUGGUGAAUGAUGGGCGGUUUCAUGGGCUGCCGUUGGUGUUGGAGACGCCGAUUGACGUGCCAGUGAAGGCGGAGCUGGUGGGUGGUGGGGAAGCGGAGAGUGGGAAGAAGAAGGGUCCGGUGAAGAAGGCGAAGGCGGUGGAGGAUAAAGGGAUCUGGGCACGGGAGAUCAAGUUGCUGGAACAGCUGCGGGGGAUGGAUGUGGAGAGUCGGGAGUUUGAAGAGAUGGAGACGCGGUUGGCUGCGGAGGGGGCGGCCGAGAGGGAUAGGGUGGAAGACCAGGUUCGACGAAGGGACGAUAAGGCGGCGAAGAAGUCAGCUGGGACAGGGAGGGGGAGGAAGAAAGCGGCCGAAACAGAGACAGAGAGUUCGUUGGACGAGGAUGAAUUGGAUUAGCGUGUCG